GUAAGAUAAGUGCAUGCCACGUCUUUUACCUGGACAUAAUUUUUAACAAUAAAUAGUAUAAUAGUUAAAUUAAAAAUGGCUCCACAACAGAAGGGCAAGCAGGGCACAAAGGGCGCAAAACAAAUCGUCGAGGAGAACAAGACAACAUUGGCGUUUUAUAGAAACAUGGCAAUUGGAUGCGCUGCACUUGCCGUAUUGCUUAGUUUUCUGGUCUUCGAGAUCACAAAGUUAACUGUGUUCAUGCUGGCCGUAUCGCUACUUAUCUUAGGCGCCGCUUACCAAUUUAUGGUAUUCAUGUCCCGGGCAAAGUACUCUGACAGCGGCGCACUCUUGGACUCUGGAAAUGACUUGAACAUGGAGGGCGGUAUUGCGGAAAAUGUCAAGGAUCUGAUAAUACUUACCUCUGGCACGCUAUUAUUGGCCCUAGUUUCCAACUACUUUUGGCUGCUGCUGCUACUGGCACCAGUUCGUGCUGCCUGGAUGCUGUGGGGCACAAUUAUACAGCCUUGGCUCUCGCAGCGCAACGCCGCAGAGGAGCCCGAAGUGGACGAAAAGAAGCAGCGUAAAUUGGAUCGCAAAAUGCGUCGCAUGAGAUGAAAGCAAGCGAUUCCUUUGCGUUCGAUGGUUUAGGCUGCAGUCAGAUUUCUCUGGUCUUAAGUUACAAAUACAAUUUAUACUCUCGCGAGGCUGCUUGAUAAGUUACAAUUUAUGUUUAAAAUGAGAUUUUACGCUUAGAAAAAGCUGGGUCGUUAAUAGAGACCAAGGCAUAAAAAAUGUGUGCGGGUUUUCCAAAUUUGUUGUUUUCCAGAUUAAAUGGCGAGACAAAUGUCUCAAGUUAAAAGAAAA